AUGGGCUGUACGAGCUCGAAGCAUGAAUUAUCGAAAGCUGAUCUUGAAUUUUUAAAAUUACACACAUCAUAUUCGGAAAAAAAAAUUAAAACUUGGUACAAAGGUUUUAUGAGAGAUUGUCCCAACGGUGAAUUGACACGCGAUUCAUUCAUUCAAAUCUAUAAGCAAUUUUUUCCCAAAGGGCGUGCAGAAAAUUUUUGCGAACAUGUCUUUCGAGCUUUUGACACUGAUAAAAGCGGAAAAAUUGAUUUUAAAGAAUUUUUACAAGCAAUUAACAUUACAUCACAAGGAACACCUGAUAAAAAGUUAGAAAUGGCAUUUCGUAUGUAUGAUUGUAAUGGUGAUGGUUCAAUUGAUGAAAACGAAAUGAGACGUAUUAUUAGUGCAAUUUAUGAAUUAAUUGGUGAUGAAAUCGAUAAAAAAGAACGACAAAUAGAAGCAGAAGAACGUGCCAUGAAUAUAUUUACAAUGAUGGAUAAAAAUUCUGAUGGUAUAUUAAGUCGAGAAGAAUUCGUUGAUGGUUGUUUAAAUGACGAACAACUUUAUCAAUUAUUAACACAAUCGAGUCGUGUUGGCGAAGAUCGAGAAUCGGAGUCAUCAUUAGAAGAUUAA